UUCGGCUUCAUUCGUGAUGCCUUCACUCAGGACCAGUUGAUAGUUGAUCAUCUAAUGGCAGACGCGCACUCCACUCUCCACACUUCUGUUCAAAAUAGCCACAGUUAUCACGAUGGCCACUGCAACGGUGUCAACGGUUGCUGUAUUACUCCUCGCGCCGGUGUGCCGACUUCUUCGGUCAGAAUGCCCUCCACACCCUACUCUGCCACCAACUCUACAUCCGAUCAAUCCUGUACUCGUCAUGCUUCUUCUUCGUCUUCACUGGUUUCCAAACUUAGUACUGCCUGGACAUAUGUCCAUUGCACUGGUGGGAUGUUCGCUAUGGUACCAGCUUACGAACCACGUUUUGAGGUUACAACUAACAUGAAUAGCGAAAAUACCGACUGGGCUAAACACACUCUUGCGGGACAAAGCAGCAGCAGUAGCUAUCAGCAGCAGUUACAACCUCUCCAUAAUUAUCAUGGCCAUCAACCGGCACAACAGUACCAACAACAGAGGCACAGGGAGGAACAGCGCCAGGACAAGGAAGAGAAGCCUGUCGAAGCAACAGAUUUUGGGACUAUACGAUUUCCCGCCAUUUCUACCAGCCAG